AUGGCACAGAGGACAACACUAUAUGUCAUGUAUAUGCCAUACACACUUAAGGAAUACAACGUGGGGCAGCUUCUAACAACCUGCAGAGUAAGCGAAAGAGAAGCAGAUAAAGGAAUGCGCGUGGCAGUGCUGGAAAACAAACCCAUCAAAAAUGAAGAGACUGCAGAACCAUGCCAAUACACUUCUAAGGUGCUUGAUUUUUCCAAAAAAGUACCCGGAUUCUUCAGAGCUAUAGCUCCUUCUGGAUCACUAACAAUGAGCGAAAUAUCUUACAAUGCCUUCCCUGUCUGUAAAACCACCUACACAAGUGGUGCUCUUUCAGAAAAAAAGUUUAAAGCAAGAAUAGACACUCUUUUCUUUGAAGGGCACAAACCACCAGUAGAUCCUUUCACAGACGGAAUAGUUGCAGAAAGAUGCGAAGUCCUUGAUUUAGUGCACGGACAGCAAAUAGCAGAGAAUAUAAACUUGGCUGAAAUAAAAGAUGAAAGUGGAAAUCUUUUAUUCCCUGCGGACUGGGAGAAGAGCCAUACACCAGUUAUGACCAUCUUUAAGAGAGUGCACAUAGACCUGAACAUUCCUAUUAUAGGAAAGAGAUAUAUCGAGGAUAUUGACAAGUUCAUGCGAAAGAUGUUCACACAAGGACACCAGGAGGUAAUUAAAUACUACAAUGAAUGGAAGAACAUGACAAUGGAUGACGUGCGAAAAGAAGAGGAAAAGACGAAGGCCCAUCUAGAAGAGAAGUAUCCAUCAAGUAAAAAAUAGUUAUUCCUCUUUAAUGAGCGUGCUGGGAAUUUCAAUAAAUUCGG